CAGCAGGUGAGGCGCCGCCGCUGUUGAUGGACGCAGCUCCGCCGCAGACAUGGAGGCUGAACGCUGAACGUUAACAUGACCUUCCCGUCGCCCGCCGUCACCGCGCUGCGGCUCCUGCUGCCACUUCUCUGCCUCCUCGCUGCUGCCGGACGCUCCACGGACAGAGAGCUCCGGACCGGGCCCGGACUCACGCGGCCGCCGCCGCCUGCUAUUGUUUCGGAGCCCAGCGGAACCGGUCCAGCCGCUCGGGACCCCGUCACGGCCGGAGGACGCGGCUCACGCAGACGGUCCACGGACACGCAACCGUCGGUGUUUGCUGCAGAGAAAAACCCACAGACGGUGUCCAACGAAGCCUGGUCCUCCGAGAGCCGAGAGGUCUCGUGUAACUGCAGCAGCGGCGCUGAGGGGAUUCUGGAUCCAGACCAGUGUAACCAGACGAGCGGCCAGUGUCUGUGUCUGUCCGGCUACACGGGCCUGCAGUGUGAGGACUGUGAGGAGGGACACUUCACCAACGGUACCAGUGGCUGCCAGCCGUGUGCCUGUGACUCCUUUGGGGCUGUGAACCAUCUCUGUGACAGCUCAGGGAUCUGUGUGUGCAAGACAGGAGUGUACGGACCCAAAUGUGACGAAUGUCAUCCAGGCUUCUUCCGCUUCAGCAGCAGUGGUUGCCAGCUCUGCGAGUGCCACAACCACACUGCCUACUGCCACCCCCAGUCUGGAGUGUGUCUGAACUGUGUGGCCAACACCCAGGGAUCCAACUGUGAGGAGUGCAAGCCUGGGUUCUACCGCAGCCCCACUGCUGCCCUGACCGAAGCCUGUGCACCAUGUCCGUGUUCCAAUUCCACCUCCACUGGCACGUGUCACUUUGAUCUUCAGGGGUCCCUAGUGUGUGACCAGUGCCUUCUCCAGUACGGUGGUCCACAGUGCGACAGGUGCAGCGCCGGCUUCUUCAAAGCAUCGGGGGCUUGUGUUCCAUGUGACUGCAGUGGGAAUGCAGAUCCUCAGGGACCUUCCCAACUUUGUGACCCCGACACCGGCCGCUGCCUGCGCUGCCUCAACAGCACAGCUGGGCUCCGGUGCCAGCUUUGUGCUUCUGGGUUUAUUGGGGACGCCCGGUUGCGCAACUGCACCCGCCUGCAGGUGGCGCCCACACUGGCCAAUGCAACCACAGCAGAGCCAACUGCUUCCUCUCCAUCCACCGCACCCCCCAGCAGUUCCACCUCCACAGAGCUGCUGACCAGCCCCAUCAGCCCCACCGACAACACCACGGCGCCGCUGACUGAGGUCUCCUGGACACAGUUCAAUGUCAUCGUCCUGGCCGUCAUCAUCCUGGUGGUGCUGCUGCUGCUUGGCUUUGUCGGGGGGGUGUACACCUACCGGGAGUACCAGAACCGCAAGCUCAACGCCCCCUUCUGGACCAUUGAGCUGAAGGAGGACAAUAUCAGCUUCAGCAGCUACCACGACAGCAUCCCCAAUGCCGAUGUGUCCGGCCUGCUGGAGGACGAAGCCACAGAAGUGGCAGCCAAAGGUCAGCUGGCUCUCACCACGCAGGGUAACUGUUACAAGGCUUAGCGCUCGCCGGCGCAUGGCUCGCUUCCAUUCCACAAAGCUGCUGGAAAGUAAUGGAUCCAAAGUGAGUGUGUGACCCGGCAGACGUGCAUGUGGCAGAGGGAAGAGGCUCCAAAGAAAACCCGUUUGAGCUGUUCCUGCACCUGCAGAUGGACGCUGAUUAUUUAUUUUUCUUGUUUUAUUUAUUGACGUCCAAGAGGCGUGCUGCACAGGUCUGGAGGUCAUGCCCUGCUUUUACCUUUAGUGACCAGCUUUCUGUGUGACGGUGUGCCAGCUCAGCUGACGUGUCGGACCGACACUGGCCAGCUGUGCCGCCUACCUCAGCAAGAACUACCCAUGGUGUGAACGCAGCCGCCACACCUCUUUCUGCCAGUGAUUCCCAACCUGGGGGUCAGGACCCCUUCCAGGGAUACAGACUCAACUUAGUGAAGACAAAUCUCUUUUUUUCCAACUUUUUCUACGUUGCUGUUGUGAAAUUACUUUGUUUGUCUCUUCUGGCAGAGUUGAAACCAUGAACUGCGGAGUGUGGACGUGCACGCCGGUUACUCCUCAGGUACCUGUGGCUCCUCCCCUAAUGUGAUGACUGUACAUACUGUGAAUAGCAGCUGUAUGUGCGCGGGGUGUGUGUGUGUGUGUGUGUGUGUGUGUGUGUGUGUGUGUGUGCGCGCGCAUGUACGCACAUUCUGCAGGAAGUGAUGAUGUGACAGUCUGUUUUGAUUUCAUGUGUUCAUUGAGUGGCAGGAGGCUGUAAAUAAAACUCACAGUUUGA